UAAGGGUUAUGUUUGUGUUUGCGUCUUGUCUUGUUUAUUAAGAUCUAAAAUUGUUAACUGUACCUUAAUAUAUUGUAAAGACUACAUUAUUAAUAACUCUAAUAAUUACACAAAUAUAUUUUUAUUGAAAAUGCUAGACAAAAUGUUGUAUAAUACAAUACUUUGCCAAACAUAUUCACCGUGUGGAAAAUAUUUAGUAGCCGGUAAUAUUUACGGCCAACUAGCUGUUUUUGACCUGGACAAUAUUUUUAACCCGGUAGUGGAACAACUUACAUCAGAUUAUAACAAGCCGAAACACAUCCAUUUGCUGGAAUCUGAAUGUCAAAUAUGCAGCCUAGUUAGUACAGAUAAAUUUUUAAUUGCUGGUACGGUAAAUGAAAUAUUAGGUUGGGAUUGGAAGGUUAUUCUAAGUUCGAAAUUAACAAAGCCUUCAUGGACCAUAAAGAUUCAACCACAGUCUUUGAUUGAAAAAUGUGAUAUAAAUUGUUUGUGGUAUAAAGAAGAUGAGGGUAAAUUGUAUGCUGGUUGUGGUGACAAUAAAAUUUAUGCAUACAAUUUAGAAGACGGUAGUUUAGUCUCUACAUAUGAAGGGCAUUCUGAUUUCGUGCAUUGUUUACACAGCAAUGGUCAGCAGUUGAUCUCAGCUGGUGAAGAUGGGUUAGUUUUGCUUUGGGACCUGAGAGUAAAGAAAUCUCACAACAAAAUUGAACCACACAGCAACAGUAAAAUUGCUAGACCAGAUAUAGGCAAGUGGGUUGGUGCAGCUGCAUUAGGUGAUGAUUGGAUUGUAUGCGGUGGUGGACCCAGACUUGCACUGUGGCAUUUACGAUCACUUGACGCUGUGACGGUAUUUGAUAUACCAGAUCAUGGUAUCCAUGUGUCAUUCUUCCAAGAUGAUUGCGUAUUUGCUGGUGGCGUAGCCAAGCAUUUGUACCAAUUAAGCUAUUCCGGUGAUGUGAGAGUUGAGCUGCCAGUAUCCGCGACCACUGUAUAUUCUGCCGUGCUCAGAACUAGCCCUCAUAAAGUUUUGGCUAUAGCUGGAUCCAGCCCCGAGAUAGACUUUUGUACAUCCUUUAAUUAUAGAGACCAAGUUUUGCAUUUUAGAUAAUUAUUAAACCAUAUUUUUUA